AUUUUGUUCAUCAUGGUCCAGUCAAGUAUUGUAGUGCAUACGUCUCAAAAGAGACCUGUGGAGAAUCCUGAUAUAGAUACUUCUGAAGAGGUCAAAAGACCUCGUUUAUUAGAUCAAGAUGAAAAGGGAAAAACACGCAACAAGCGUCUCUUUGGUGCUUUGAUCGGCACACUAAACAAAUUUAAAGACGAAACAGAGAAAGAUAGUCAUGUCAAUCAGAACAGACAAGCUAUCAACAACAAACUACACGAAAAACUCGAACAAGAACGAAAAGAACUUCAAGAGAAAUUAAAAGCACGUAAAGAAGAGAAACUUAGGUUGGCAGAACAAAAACUUGAAAAAGAGAAACGACUAUUACAAGAAAAAAGGGAACUAUCAGAUCUUCUUCAGAAUGAAAAAUUGGCUCAUUUCUUAAAGACAUCCACACAACCUGUUUUGUAUUAUUUGCCACAGAAGUUGACAAAAGAUAUGGAUCAGACGAUUCAAUCACAGAAACAGACAGUAUUGGAAGAAAGAAUUCGUUUUGAGAAGCGAGAUCAACAACAAGAUGGAAAACGAAGCCAUCAAAAUGAAUCCAAUAAAGAAGAAAAAGAAUAGAAAUCAGAGCUUUAUUUUUGAUAUAUAUAUACAGUGUUUCCAAGAAGUAAUGUCGCAAACGUUGAAAAACUAUAGUGCAAAAUAUAUAAAAUGCGACAUCUUGGUGCGACAACAAUUUCUGGAAAUGUAUAUAUAUAUAUAUAUAUAAAAAACGAUAUUUCCAUCAAGGAAACAAGGGUAUUAAUCCUCUUGGCUUGACUCUAACAAGA